AUGGCCGACGGUCUGCAGAUGGGCAACUUGUCCCUCCAGGACUCCCAGCACGCGCCCCAGGGUGGCCCCCCUGGCCGUGCUGCCUACAUCCCUCCUCACCUCCGCGGACGCAACGUCGGUCCCAGCAUGGACGGCGGUGCUCCUCCUCCUGGCCCCAGCGCUGGCUUCUCUGCCCCUCGGGAUGCUCGUGGCGGUGACUGGGCUAAUGCCAAUGCCCCCAACUUCAGUCCUCGCGGCCCUGCCAACGGUAAUACCAGCUGGAACCCCAUGGAAAAACUCCGGCCAUUCGAUCCCUAUGCUUACGGAUAUCCAGGUCACGCAGGCUCGUACGGUGGUGGUGGUAGCUACGGCGGCGGCGGCGGCGCUGCUGCUCGUGGCUCUGGCGAUGGCCAGUGGCGCGAUGGCAAGCACGUCCCCGGUCCUGCCAACCCUCGCUUGGAGCGUGAGCUCUUCGGUCUCGGUCAGGAUGACCCCUCCAAGCAGCACACCGGCAUCAACUUCUCCAACUACGAUGACAUUCCCGUUGAGGCGUCCGGUCAGGACGUCCCUGAGCCCGUCAACACCUUCACUAACCCCCCUCUUGACGACCACCUCAUCUCCAACAUCAAGCUUGCUAGCUACGUUACUCCUACCCCCGUCCAGAAGUACUCCAUCCCUAUUGUCAUGGGUGGCCGCGACCUGAUGGCCUGCGCCCAGACCGGUUCCGGAAAGACCGGUGGUUUCCUCUUCCCCAUCCUCUCUCAGGCUUUCCAGACUGGCCCCUCUGCCGCCCCUCAGCAGGCCGGCGGUGGUCAGUUCUAUGGCCGCCAGCGCAAGGCUUACCCCACCUCGCUCAUUCUCGCCCCUACCCGUGAGCUUGUCUCCCAGAUUUACGACGAGGCCCGCAAGUUCGCCUACCGUUCUUGGGUCCGCCCCUGCGUUGUGUACGGUGGUGCCGACAUUGGCUCUCAGCUGCGCCAGAUCGAGCGUGGCUGCGAUCUCCUGGUCGCUACUCCCGGUCGUCUGGUCGACCUGAUCGAGCGUGGCCGUAUCUCCCUCGUCAACAUCAAGUACCUGGUUCUCGACGAGGCUGACCGCAUGCUGGACAUGGGUUUCGAGCCCCAAAUUCGCCGCAUCGUCGAGGGUGAGGAUAUGCCCCGCGUUGAGGACCGCCAGACUCUCAUGUUCUCGGCCACCUUCCCCCGUGACAUCCAGAUGCUGGCCCGCGACUUCCUGAAGGACUAUGUCUUCCUGUCGGUUGGUCGUGUCGGUUCCACCUCCGAGAACAUUACCCAGAAGAUCGAGUACGUUGAGGACGCUGACAAGCGCUCCGUUCUUCUGGACAUCCUUCACACUCACGGCACUACCGGCCUGACCCUCAUCUUCGUCGAGACCAAGCGUAUGGCCGACUCGCUCUCCGACUUCCUGAUCAACCAGCGCUUCCCCGCCACUGCCAUUCACGGUGACCGCACUCAGCGUGAGCGUGAGCGUGCCCUGGAGAUGUUCCGUAACGGCCGUUGCCCCAUCCUGGUCGCUACCGCCGUUGCUGCUCGUGGUCUCGAUAUCCCCAACGUCACCCAUGUCAUCAACUACGAUCUGCCCACCGAUAUUGACGACUACGUCCACCGUAUCGGUCGUACCGGUCGUGCUGGUAACACCGGUAUUGCCACUGCUUUCUUCAACCGUGGCAACCGUGGUGUCGUCCGUGACAUGAUCGACCUCCUGAAGGAGGCCCACCAGGAGGUUCCCUCCUUCCUGGAGAGCAUUGCUCGUGAGGGCAGCGGUUACGGUGGCCGUGGUGGUGGCCGUGGCGGCCGUGGUCGUGGCAGCUCCAAUGCUACUCGUGAUGUCCGUCGCUUCGGCGGUAGUGGCAUGGGUAGUGGUCAGUCCUCCUUCGGCGGCGGCGGCUAUGGCGGGGCUCCCUCCUACGGCGGCUCAGGCGGCUAUGGUGGUGGUGCUCCCUCCUAUGGCGGCUCUGGCAGUGGUGCUGGCUAUGGCGGCGGCAGCUACGGAGGUGGUAGCUACGGCAACCCCAGUGGCGCCACUGGCCCCUCCUCUUGGUGGUAA